AUGAGGAAGAUUCAGUCGAGUUUCGCUUGGGACUGGGGACCCACAUUCCCAACAGUUGGAAUUUGGCAAGCGAUAUCGUUAGAGGCGAUAAAUGAGAUUUUCUUCGAACGUAUCAGUGCUCAAGUGGAACCGCUGCAAGGUUAA